AUGGUUAAAGAGCUUUGUCAUCGAUGCUCGAAACCUGUUUAUCCUACGGAUAAAGUUGGUCCACUGAAGGAUUACACGUUUUUUCAUCAAGGAUGCUUCAAGUGCUAUAUUUGCGGUACACGUUUAGCGCUUAAAACCUAUUGCAACAAUCGUAAUGAUACCAGUGAUCAGGAAAUAUACUGCAACAGUCAUGUACCUGUGGCAGGACCUCACGAUUUACCACCUAUUCGUAAUGGUGUUAGUAAUGGAACUAAUCGUAGCAAUGGAUUUCGUCGUGAUGCCGGCCUCAGUGACUUAAAAAUUGCGCAUGCAAUUAAAGCAACGCAAGUAUCAAAACCAUAUCCGAAAAUUAAGCAUGCCGGUGCCCGUUACGUAGUGGAUUAUGAUGCUCAGACUAGACUGGAAUUAAUCCAUAGGAAAGACGAAGAUAAACUUUAUGAAGCCUUUGAUGAAAACAAGAAACGUGAAUAUGAUGAAUUCGAACGCGAAACGAAAGAAGAAUGGGAACGAGCAUUGGCUGAUUUUGCGCGGAAAUAUGAAAAAGGUCAAGUUGGCAAUAAGAACAAAGAAGAUUUAAUCAGGCAUUUGACGAUAAAACGGGACAAAAAGUUGGAAACAUUGCAUCAGCAACGUAAAGAACGUGAACGUGUACAAACAGCGGAAUUGCUAGAUCGACAAGCUAAAGAAAUGUUAGAAUUGUUCAAGCAAGCUCGAGUGGAAUGUGAGGAAGAUUCAUCUAAUAGUGGCCCACCAUCAUAUCCCACUACACCCCCACCACCACAACCCCCAAUCUGUAGCAAACGAGAUAUUUAUACGAAUACAAUGGUAUUUGAAGCAAUAGAUGAAAUAGCAAUUACAUUGGCUCAAUCGGAGAUCACUACAUUUACUCAGUUAAUCCGAACUCUAACUGCUAAUGCACGGAAUGACAUCGAAAAAGCUAGAGCCAUCUAUCGAUGGAUUACGAUCAAAAAUUUAAAUGUAAUGCAAUUUGACAGUCGUUUGGAUAGCAAUACUCCGUUGGGUUUAUUGCGUGGGAUUAAAUAUGGUACUGAAAGCUAUCAUGUUUUGUUCAAACGGCUUUGCAGCUAUGCUGGAUUACAUUGCGUUGUCAUCAAAGGCUAUAGCAAGUCAGCCGGAUAUCAACCUGGAUUUCGGUUCGAAGACAACAGAUUCCGAAAUACCUGGAAUGCAGUGUAUUUGAGUGGAUCCUGGCGUUUCGUACAGUGCAAUUGGGGUGCUCGACAUUUGGUAAACGCAAGAGAAGGAAAUACACGAGUAACUAGUAAGAGUGAUAGUUUACGAUAUGAAUAUGAUGAUCAUUAUUUUAUGACUGAUCCUCAGGAAUUUAUUUACGAAUUCUUCCCGCAGGAACCUCAGUGGCAACUUUUGGAAAAUCCCGUAACGUUGCGUCAGUUCGAGGCAUUGCCAUUUGUGCGUUCACUUUUCUUCCGUUAUGGCCUCAGUUUCACUGACCCCAAGUUGCAAGCUGUUGUUAAGGCCGAUCGAAGUGGUGCCGCAACAGUUUCAGUUACGAUGUCAAAUCAAGCAAUGAAUUCCUUAAUAUUUCAUUAUAACCUCAAAUAUUUUGAUUGCGAUGAAACUGAAGUAGAUGGCUACAGUCUGAAACGUUUUGUGAUGCAGUCAGUAAUUGGUAAUUCGGCAAUAUUCCGGGUGCAUUGUCCAUCUACGAUGCCACUACUUUUAGACAUUUUUGCUAACGCCGUAUCACCUGGGCAUUACCUCACCGGACAACCUAUCAAAUUUAAAAGUGUUUGCAAAUUUAAAAUUAUUUGUGAGCAAUUAAAUGUAAUUAUGGUGCCAUUACCUGAAUGUGCCAGUGGGGAAUGGGGUCCAGCAAAGGCAUAUCGGUUGUUUGGUCUGAUACCAUUGACGCACGAAGAUGCAAUCAUUAGUUGUGGUCGUACACUUGAAAUCACUUUUAGAAUGGUGAAACCAUUAGCUGAGUUUGUGGCAUCACUACAUAUGAAUCGAACGGAUGAUCGUAACUUACAAGGUCAAUGUCAAACAUCAAUACGUGGAGACGUAGUUAGGAUUGAAGUUGAAUUCUAUGAAAGUGGGCAAGAAAAUUCAACGGUAAUACUGAACGGUGGUAAACAGCUGUUAACACACUGCUGUAAAUAUCUAAUCAAUGUACGAAUAUAAUG